GACCGCCGCCCGCCCUCGCUGGACUCGCACCUCGACGCCGCCCGCGCGCCUCAACGCUGGACUCCACGACGCGCCCCGCUGACGCCCCGAUUCUCCCCCUCCACCCCGUCGACGCGUGGCUGCAGAGCCUGACGCGGUCGUCGCAGGCCGCUCCCCUGCCAUGCGCCAUGGCUGAAGGCGACGAUGCGCUCGACGAGCCCCAGCCCGCGCCGAACCCGGACGCCCUGACGACGGUCAACGACUUCCUCGACUACACCGAGUACUUCCCCUCGGACCUGGUGCGCUCGCUGACGCUGAUCGGCGACUGCGACCAAGCCUACCGCGACGCCGCCCAGCACGUGCACGACCUGGCCGCCCUGUACGGCCGCCUGCCCGCCCUGCCCGACGACGAGCGCCCCGACCCCGCCGCCCUGCGCCGCCAGAUGGCCCGCCGCCUGCAGCACGCCAUCAGCCAGCGCCACUUUGCCUGCACCGAGGCCGCGCGCCUGUACGAGCUCUCGCUGCGCCACUGCCACCGCUCCGCCGUCAUCAGGCGCAAGCUGCACGCCCAGCCCCAGCCGCCGUCGCGCGACCCCACGCCCGCCGCCGUCUCGCCGCCGCCUGCCCGCCCGCUGCACCGCCCCGCCGACCGCCCCGCCCACCUGCGCCUGACCUUCGACGCCGCCCGCCACCGCAACACGGCCGUGCCCCUGCCCUCGCGCCGCGCCCGCGCACACAGCCCAGACUCCGACUCGGGCUCGGACCGCGACGCCGACGUCGACGCCCGCAAGCCCAAGCGCCCCGCCGACAGGCCGCCCAAGCCGGCGCGGGCGCGCGCGGCGGGCGGCGUGCUGGGCACAAACGUCCACAGCACCAUCGCCGGCAUCUCGACCAGCAACGCCCUCGCCCAGCUGCACCCGCCGCCGCCCGACGCCCGGCCCGGCAGCCGCUGGGCGCCGUGGCGCAAGCUGACCGAGUACGAGAUGGCGGUGCUGCGCAAGUCGAUGAAGAAGAACGCCGUGUGGACGCCCAGCCUCACCAUGGUCAACCGCGAGCUCGAGCGCAAGCACCGCACAAAGGGCGACUUCGAGCGCGAGCGGGCGCGCUGCGAGGCCGCCGGCGACGUCUUCCUCGACGAGCAGCCCGAGACGCUGCAGCAGAUCAUGGCCGCGCAGGGCAUGGGCGACCAGAUCGUGAACGUCCCGGCCGCAGAAGCCCCCGCCCGCUCCAGCGAGCCCGUCGACGACGACGCCGGCGAAGACGUCACCGUCGCCAUCCGCACGGGCCCCGUCGAGGCAAAGGACGGCAGGAACCUCGACCGGAGCACGCGGCGCCAGAAAGCCCUGCGCGACACCCAGGUGCUCGAGGACGCCACCAAGAACCUCACCAUGGCCGCCGACGGCCUCAAGGAGCUCACCUUCGUCUCGGCGGCCGUCGCAGCGUCCAGCGCACAGAAGAGGAAGACGCCGGCCCGGUCGUCGAACAAGCGAAAACGCGAUGCAUCGCCACCCCCCGCGCUGGAAACGGCCACCGAGGCCACCAACGACGCAUCGCCAGCACACGCCGACAGCGCCGCCGAGGAGCCCGACGCAAAACGCCAGCGUGUAGAGCUCACUGCGCCAUCGCCAUCGCCCGACGCCCCCGCAUCACCCCUUGGCUCCGUCCACUCGACGCCCGACAUGGAGGAGCCGCUCCCCGAAGACCCCGGUGCUCUGGCUGUGGACGCCAUCGACCCAGCACUAGAGAGUGCCACGCCAGCAUCAGAGGCCAUGGACACGGCUGCCGAUGCCGAUUCAGCCAGUGCGGUGCCUGUUGCGAGUGCACCGCAGACGCCCGUCGUCUCCCACGUCGAGGAAUCGGUGCCUGCCCAAACCUCCCCGUCUGCAGCCCCGUCUCCAACCGCACACCCUCCUGUGCCAUCUCCAGAGAAGCCAAAGACGGCAUCAUCCACGACCACCCUGCAAGUCCCGCUCGCGCCUGCUGGCCCGAGCACGCCUGAAGUGAACAAGAAACAAGAAACAAAGCCAUCACACGAGCAGCCCACCGUCGCUUCGCAGCCACCAAACGAACCAGCAGAUCAACCAGUCGCUCUGGCAACAACUCCCAACUCAGUUGUCCCGAUAUCUGACACGCCUCCUGCUUCCCCGAGUCCUGCAACACCCACCACCGUUCCAGUCGUUCCAGCACCUUCGACCAGCCCGACAUCCCCUACCGAGAUAGCUCCACUGCCCGAAUCUGGCUCUGCGGUUGACAUCUCUGCCGGCAUUGCUGCGACUGCGCCUGCUUCCCCGUCAGAUCAGGGUCCUUUGGCAGAUGAUCCUCCCGCUGAAUCGGCAUCUGUAUCGCCUCUAUCCGGACCAGUCACUUCAACACAUGCAGCUGAGUCGGCUCACUCGUCGGCGGCCACUCCGCUAGCUCCUCCCGCUCCUCCACGCUCAACAAGCACAGCAGCGUCUUCACGACCAAAACGCGAGUCCACCGCGCCCAAAGCUUCAAGCCCAAACCCCAUACCCGCCCACCCAAAGAAACCUUCAAGCACCUCUUCUCCAGCCCCAACCCCUGCUCUCGAGCCCACCCAAAUGGUCAUGCGCUCACACUCUCGAAGCCACGUCCCCACCCCCAAAGCGCUAAGCGAAGAGCCAAAAGCCCUCGAGGCCGGCCGCACCACACGCGGCACCCGCCGCCACAGCAUCUUCAGCCAGUCAGCUCUAACAGCCCCGGUGGCCAUACGUGUAAGCAGACGCAAGAAGCCCCCACCAAAAGGCGAAAUUACAUCCGCCGAGGGAGGCCCCAAGACGAUCACAAACACGAAGCGCCAGGGCCGCACGCGCGACCGGAGAAGAAAACCCGCCGAGGAAGAAGAGGAGAUGGAGGAAGAUACGGAUUCGAUCCACCCCGACGAGACGAGGUACUGCAUCUGCAACAACGUUAGUGACGGUGAUAUGAUCUCGUGCGAUAACAACUGCGAGAACGAGUGGUUCCACUUCGCGUGCGUGGGCCUCGAGGACACGCCGCCCAAACGCGCCAAGUGGUAUUGUCCCGACUGCCGCGUCUUGCUCGGCACGGAUGCGUAUGGUAAUCCGCUGGUGCCGCCGCCGCUGCCGGGAAGGAGGGGAAAUCGGUAGGUUUUUUCCCUGUUGGUUUGGUGGGUGCGUGCUGAGUUUUCGAGGGUGAAUAGGUCGAUGUAAUGAUGUUAUUGAUUGGACGGGGUGGGGUUGGGGCGUGAAGGCGUUCUGUUCUGGUAUCGGGUGGGCGUUGGCGGGUUCAUGUGGCAUUGUCGAUGCAUGGAUGUAUGGGUCCAAGGGUUUGGGCUUUUGGCGUUGACUUCUUUCGAUGGGGUCGCUUCUUCGAGAGCAUUGGGCUUUGGGUGUGUUUCCGUGUGCGUACUAUAUUACAUACUCUAUUUCCAUCCCUUCCAUCGCCAAUGUACUACACAACACAAUACUGUGCG